GUUGGGGCACACAGGGAACUAAUAUUUACAAGCUACAAGAAGCAUCUUAAAGUGUAACCAUGGCUAACCAAAAUGGUGUCAAGUCCCAAAAUGGCACAAAGAAGAAUGGGCCUCUAGAAACGAUAGACCUGGCUGCUGCUCUUGAGGCCCCUGAAGAUGCGGCACCAGUCAUAGCUAGGGCUUUAGAGAAUGAAGGAUUCCUCUACUUGGUAAACAUUCCAGGUUUUGAAUCUGGUGAACUGUUCAAAGCUACAAAAUGGUUCUUUGAUUUACCACUUGAUCAAAAGAUGGCACUGGCUAGGAAGGCAUUUGUGCCCGAAAAUGAUAAUUCUUACAGAGGCUAUUACCCAGUAAUCCCCGGUGGACAUUCUCAUAAGGAGGCAUUUGAGACGGGAAUGUUCGGAGAUUUUGAUUUGGAAAAACAUAAGAAGAAAACGUACAUAGAUGGCAGGCCAUUAAUGCGAGAGAUUGUCAAUGAAGGAAAUGUUUGGCCCGAUCCUGACUCAAAAUAUCCACAUUUUAAAGAAACUAUCAAAAAAUAUUAUAAUAUAUAUCGUAAAACAGGCGAGCGUGUUCUACGGUUGAUUGCCAGAAGCUUAAAACUGGAAGAAACCGCCUUGGACCAUCUGUACCAACCAGAUGUCCUAGCUACAUUCAGACUGCUUCACUAUCCAUCCCGAGUGAACAUCCCAAAAUCAGAGAUCCCUGACGAAGCUAAAGAUGGCGACACUUUAAUGACGACAGGCCCCCAUGCAGACUCUACUUAUAUAACACUCUUGGCAACGUUUGACAAUUGGGGGCUGCAAAUGCAACAGGAUGGGGAAUGGAUCGAUGUACCCCCAAUAAAAGAUAGCCUUGUUAUGAAUAUUGGUGCACUGAUGACGGAGUUGGUUGGAGGGAGGUUUAAAGCCACGAUUCAUCGAGUUGUUGACCUGGGAGAAGACAGAUACUCCGUCCCAUUUUUUUAUUCUCCUAACUUUGAUGCUGAUAUCAGCAAGACAUAUGAUGGCAAAGAGAUUGAGCGUCCAGGUCAAUAUAAAAAGUUUGGGCCAUGGAUGUUAAACAGAACCAGCCAAUUUAAGGAAUAUGCAACUACUGACUUUGGAGUAUUCAUAGAGUAAUCACUGAACAAAGACUUUGACUGUUUCAAGAUAUUGUUACAGAUGAUGUAUAUCCAUGUGGUAAUAUCCAACAAUGAAUGGUGUUCAUAUAUUCCGUCCCAUUCUUUUAUUCACCUAACUUUGAUACGGAUAUUAGCAAGAUACAUAAUGGUAAAGAGAUUGACCUUCCUGGUCAAUAUAAAAUAUAUGGAUCUUAAAUAGAAUCACACGAUUAAAGGAAUUUGGAGUCUAUACUGAAACUAAUAAUCGGUAUUCUUCAGACAGUUAAAGGAAUAUUCCACCAAACAUUUUUUUGUUUCAAUAUGCUCUAUAUGUUCAAAAAACUUAAAUCUUAAAGAUUUAUCUAAUUUUUUCAAAAUGUUCACAAUAAAAACUGAUAAUGAAUUCUUUGAAUGUAGAAUGAUUUAAAAUUAAAACUCACUGCUUCAUCAUGUUCACCAAUAGAUGGAGUAAGGGUCACAUGGGCCUGUACAUAUGCGCCACCUAGACUCGGGCACCCACUCUUGAACAGAGGAUACACACCACUGAAAAUCAAAUAAAGCAACUGGAUUAAAAAAACUAAACAUAAGAAGAGGUAUAAAUAGGUAACUUUUAUGAUUGAUGAAACAAUUUCUAUUUAUGGCCAAAUUGCAAAUGAAUAAACAUUAUUAAAAUGCAAGACCGGGGCACUGGAUUCAAUUAUAUG